AUGAGUGAUGAAAAAAGUAAGGACGAAGCCGAAAACUGGCAGGAUUUUGAAACUUUGUGCGAUAAAACUACAGGCGAAAUGGAAAUUACAGAUAUCGGAAAUGACGUAAUCACUUCCCUCAGAAGUGACUUGGCUGCUCUACAGUACAAAAGGGACAAGUUAAUAACCGAAAACAGCGAGUUAAAAAACCAAAUGUUGUCGAGAGACCAAAGGAUUUUGGAGCAACAAGUUGAAAUCGACCACCUACGAGAACAGAACGCCCGCCAAAAUGCGAUCAUAUCAUCUCUUAAAAACAAAAUUCAAGAUCUCGAAGAGACUCAACGUAAUUUACAAGCUUCACAGAGUAGGAGCGAUCUCAGUUUGCAGACGCUACAAAGAGACAAUCGUUACGCUGAAGAGAAAAUAAAAGAUUUAGAAAAAAAGAUACGUUGUCUUGAACUUGAGUGUCACAAUGAAGAACAACAAAAAGAGAAUGCCAGAUGCCAAUUUCAAGAUUUAGUCCGCCGGCUGUCAGCGGCUUUAGAAUCAGAUUUUUGUGACACUGCUCAUACUCAUUCACCAGAAAGCUUAAUCAUUAAAGCAUCGGAGCUAGUCCAAGAAACAGCUAGACUCAAAAACAAAUGUUUAAAUACGACAGAAAAUUUAUCUACCAUAGAACAAGAUCUAAGAAGCUGCAGGGAUAGUUUAGAGAGAUCAAAUGCCGACAAAGAUAUUUUGCAACGGCAGCUUUCCUCUCAGUUGCUUGAUAUUGAAAGACUAAAACAAGAAAAAGAAUCUCUUGCAGUUCAAAAUAGAGUUUUGGAAAGGGAAUUACAUGAAGCACGGGAAAAGCUAUCUCAUUGUACAAAAAAUUUAAACGUUGUAACCGACAAUGUUAAUCAAAAUGAAACUAUGAUUAUACAACUGAAAGAGGAUUUGAGACAUCGUGACGAUAAAUAUCAACGACUACAAACAGAAUUUCGUAACACGAUGGAGUCAAUAGCUAUUGUCCUAAGUUUACCAACACGUUUCGUCGAGGCUCACGAGAGCACAAUCAAGGAUAGGAUUCGUGAAAUUUUAGGUGAAAAUAAGGAUAAGGCUGCACAAAUAGAAGCAUUACGCGAAAAACUAAACAUGGAGUCACAACAGUGCAGUAAGAGCGCGCAUAUGGCCGAGCAAGCUAACACCCGGAUUCGAAUCCUUGAAGACGAGAGGAACAUGUUGGAGGCUAAAGUGCAUAAAUUGGAGUCCGAACUGAACGCAAUGGAACAUUCCCGCGAUAACCUUCGUAAAGAUAAAGCUAAUUUUGUAGCAUUCCUCGAGCGUCUGAGCAGGACGCUAAAUAUGGAUGAGUUGACCCAGGAUGUCGGCAUAGAUCUGCACACUGAAUCGAUUAUCCACCGGGCCGAGCAACUGGCCAGACUCGAGAGCGAUAAAAUUGUUGACAAGGAAGAGAGCUCUCGCGUGCGUGCGGUUCUGCAAGCGGAACGUGACGAGGCAAUUUGCCGCAGCAAGAAGCUGGCCCGCCAAUGUGAUAAGCUGACUGCGCAACUGAGCGACGCCCGAGCUCAGAUCAGAGACCUCAACGUACAGCUUGCUGACGCCGCUGAAUACAAGAUAUCGUCAUUAGAGCGUGCACGAAAAGUCGACGAACUGCAAAAGAAAUUGGAGGAAGCAGAAAUGCUGCGAACGCGUUAUAAUCGCAAGGUUAACUGUUUGAAAGAACAAAUCCGAACCACGGGAGAGACCUUUGAACAGGAACGCACGACUACCGAACGCCAGAUCAGUAUGCUGAGGGAUGACUUGGCGAGAACGAAGGAAGCUCUCGCAGAGUGUCAGAGGAGGGAAGCGCAGUUACAAAGCUUCAGGAACUCCAUCGCCAAACUACUGGGUAUCCUCGUACCGUCCUCCGUAUCUGACUUCGAAAUGGUGUCCCGCCUACAAAAGCUAAUUGACGCGCACCACGACUUUACUGUCGUGUCGCGACGGUAUGAUGAUCCGGCCUUACUACGGGCCUCCUCGCGCUCGCCGCCACCUUCGAGAUGCAGGACUCGAACUCCAGAUAGGUCCUUACGUUACGACGACUCUGGGUACGCGGAUCCGGCGUUCGACCUCGAGGACGACUUGUACAAGAGUCGCGCGGGCUUGUGA